CACAAAACUCAAACAAAUCGAACUAAAAAGGUGAUAUUCGUAAUCAGCACAAAAUUCUGCAUCGGAUGAUGUGUCUUUCAAGGAAAAAUGAAGAGUGCUUGAUUUUUGAAUUAGCGGCACCUUAUAUUGCCCGUAAUUUUUGGAACGAUGUUAGCCGAUUGAUUAAAGAAACGUCCGUCUAAUAAUUUUAUUUUUCAGUCGCAAUUUACCAGCGCUUAUGAAAUAUAACUACGCUGACCCCUGCAAUCGAGAAUCGAAAGCUCUUUUGAGUACAAAAAUAUUCCAUUUUUACGUGUAUACGUUUGAUCAAAACGAUCAAGAGAGGCCAUCGUCAUAUUGUCAACGUAGUGCGACUUGCAGAUUUAUAUCAGUUCGUUUUUAGCAGAUCGAGAAUGUUUCAUUCGAAGUAAAACAUCGAUGAAUAAUGAAACCACAUAAAUGAACCAUUUUCCUUUUUAGGGGUAUUUGAAGAACGCGCAAUUGAACGAGUGAAAAAGUUCACCGGUGUUGUCUCAUUUUCAAUCAUUCUUUGGAUUUUUUGAUCAUUUAAUAUGUGUUCAACUAAUUCUUUCAGAUCAGCAAAGACACCUUUUAUCUUAAAGUAGAAUUAGAAUAUACUGACUAAGCAAUUUACGAAAUAAUUCGUCGGCUUCAUCUGUUCGUAUAAACAAGAGAAUAACUUCAUAACUGAUAAAAUUAGAGCUAUACAAUGAAUUCUCCCCUUUCCUUCUUCAAAAAUAAAAGUGAAUGGCUAUUGGAACUCCUGGGAAUAUCAACUAGGAGUUAUUGGGGUGGGUGAAAGAUGAGCACGAAGAAACUUGACCACGGAAAGAUGAGCACGGGAAAGUUGAGCACUAUAUAGGAAAUAUGGGCACUAGGAAAAUUGGGCACGAGGAAAGUUGAGCAGGAGGAAACUUGAGCACGAGAAAGUUGAGCACUAGGAAACAUGAGCACAAAUUUAUAGUUUAUCCAUUAAAUUUUUUGUAUCAUAAACAGUUGAAAAAAUUUAAGAGAAAGUUAAUUUAAUCAAUUUAUUUAAUAUACUGUUGUCGAAAAGUCAUCUAUAUAGGAAUUUUAAUAAUUUGUUGAAAACAAACAGUUGCAAAAAUUUAAAAUAGAGUUGCUGACAAGUUAAUCAAUAUAUUAUUAAUCGGGAUAAUUGAUGUAAUAUAAAUUCAAUAUACUAUUCAAUAUACUAUUCAUGUAUUCAUAACUUUUUUCACAAUUCACUUUCACUUAUCAACUCACUUUCUCUACAGCAAAAAUAUGUCUACAACAAUAUCUACAUCAGUAUCAUGUACUACUAAACAAAAACCUCGUCUUGAACUCCAAGGUUUUUCGUACAUAAAAAAUUGAUUUACUGAAAAUAAAACAUAUUGGCGUUGUAUAUAUUAUAAUUCUCAAAAAUGUCAUGCUCGUCUUCAUACAUGUAAUAUUACCAAUAAUGUUAUAACUCCACCUUCUGAUCAUACAUGCAAAAGUAAUGGUAUUACAGGUGAACUUCGAAAGUUUAAUGAAGAUCUUUGGUAUCGUACAAUGAAUACACAGGAAACACCUGAUUUAAUUAUAACACAUUGUUGUAUCGGAAUGUCGGACGAAGCAUUAGCUCGUUUACCAUCACGUGAUAAUAUUAAACGUCGCAUUAGAAUGUUACGUCAAGAUAAAAAGCUUCCAUCAGCCCCAAAUGAUCUUAAUUUUCCAAAUGUUCCAACAGCUUUAACCGUAACAUCUCGCGGUGAUAAAUUUUUACGUUGUGAUACGGGACCAGGACCAGAUCGAAUGUUAAUAUUUGCCAGUUCUGAACAAUUAGAUAUUUUACAAUCAUGUGAUGAUUUCUUGUUGAUGGUUGUCCCUGAGAUUUUUUAUCAAGUAUAUGUUGUACAUGCCAUCUAUCGUGGAUAUGUUGUACCAGUUGUCUAUUCAUUACUCAGUCGUAAAAAUAGUGAUACAUAUCAACGUCUUAUAAAUGAAAUAGUAGAACUUGCUCCAUGCUGGUUCCCUGCUUCUAUUUUACUUGAUUUCGAAAAGGCAUGUUAUCAGAAUCGUUAUCAAGAAGAUGUUAAAUUUGCUCAUAAUAUUAAUAAAAUAGCUGCGUUAGCUUUUAUUCCACCUUGUGAUGUAUUACCUGCAUAUUCACGUCUUGCAUUAGAUCUUGAUGAUGAUUACCAAGAUACUUUAAAUUAUUAA